CUCCCACACCGCAAUAUCAAAAACCACCAUCUCUCUAAUCUCUCUCUCUCCCUCUCAAUAUCUUUCACACAUUUAAAAUCAACAGAAAUGGAACAAAAUUUACCAGUUGUGGCAAGAAAGUUAUGGAGCUUGGUACGUGUGCUCUUCAUGCUCAGGAAGAACAUAUCGAAGAGAAAACUUUUGCUCGAUCUCAACAUGAUGAUGAAGCGUGGCAAAGUCGCCGGCAAGGCCUUACAGAACCUCAUGCUCCACCACCACCGUAACUGGUCCUCCUCCGCCUUCAACCGCCGCUCACAGUCAAAUGACUCAUCCAACUUCACCUUCCCUCCCCCACAAACCGACGACUACGAAUUCAGCUGCACCAACAGCCCAGCCUACCCAGUACUCUCUCUCUUUUCCACCAACAAGAAACCGAAACACCAUUACAAGAAGUCGUCAGAAAAGAAGUCCACCGCAGAGAACAACAACCACGAAGAUAUAAUCAUCGAUGCAGCUGUUAUCAAAGUCCUGCAUGAGAUGUUGACCAGCGCCAACGCAUCUCCGGCGCUUCCUGGAUUUGGGAAAAGUCCGAUGGUUAGGCAGUUGAGGGUAACGGACUCACCGUUUCCGUUAAGUAACGGGGAUGAGGAUAGCUACGUGGAUGAGGCUGCUGAGAAAUUCAUAAUGAAGUUUUAUAACAAUUUGAGGCGGCAAACUUAAAAACCAGGGUGUAAAAUGUAAAUGUUGAACUUAUCAGGGGGUUACUGUGCACUAUAUCUUGUGCUGUUGUGUGUUUGUUGUUGCAGCCAGUGUAUCUGUUUGAAGCUUCUCUGAUAAUUGAGGCCAAAGAUAUGUGUAUGUAUUUUACUUAUUAGUAUUUUACAGAAAUAAGUUAAUAUAUACCUAUUUGAAACC